CAUCCUCAGAUCACAAUCGAGCAGUCUGCUUUGAAAGUAAUCAUCCUUAGUUCAAUUUCUGGAAUAUAUUCUCAUAAUUUCUAAAUCCUGACAGUUCAAAUAAUUGUGAUCAAAGUGUCGGAUAUAGGCUGAAGUUUAACUAUGGCUGGUGUUGUGAUUGAAAACCUUAGCACGAAGAAGCUAAUGGGAAUUGUUGUUCUCCUUCUGCUGAUACAAAUCGCCUGUUUUCUUGUGGGUGGUCUUAUCGCGCCCUCGCCCACUUCAGCCCACACCCAUCUCGCUACAAAGUGCAUUGACCCUGCCAUCAGUCUUCAGAAGGCCUUUGUACCCCAUGGACCCAACGCCUGUUCUAAGGUGUCCACCUUCGCAGAAGCUACAGAGAAGAACAUUGAGGCGGACUGGAUCGUCUUCUCCAUCAUGAUGCCCCACCGUCCGAACAGGAUGGACCGCAGCUUCCAGUACAUGUUGGGUGUAUUGUCUCUGGAUAUUGUAUAUAAGGAGGAUAAUGAGAUGGGUGAUGAGCCUGAGCUGACGAUUCUUGUGGAGAUGAUGUACAACAACGAUGACAACGCUCAAGGAGAAUGGAAGAAGAUGUACAGUAUCAACGAGACGAGGAAACUCAACUGCGAAUUCUUUCAUCAGAAGAGUCCUGAAGCGGAGGGCUACAGCUACGACUGUGAGCCCAUCCCUCUCUUUGAGCUUGGUACGGUGCAUCACAAGUACUACCUCCUCAACAUCAGGUUACCUGUGUGGGAGGUAGACCCUGAUACACAGGAGGUUGUCAGGGAGCUAAACACUAAUCUUGGGGCUGUCCAGGAGCUGUCUGUCGUUGAAAUUCAUCAGAAUGGUGGGUUCACACUUGUAUGGUUAACGUUGAAGACAGCUCUGUUCCCACUAGUAAUCCUAGCAAUGAUCUGGUUCUGGAAGAGGAUCGUUCAGCUGGCCAGACCACCUGUUCUUCUUGAGAGAACAAUUCUGGCUUUAGCUAUCACCAUCAGUAUUCUUAAUUUACCCCUAGAGUGGCUAACGUUCUUCCAUGACAUGCCCUACAUGUUGCUGCUGAGUGACAUCAGACAAGGAGCCUGCUAUGCCAUGCUCUUCUCAUUCUGGAUCAUCUUUGUAGGAGAGCACAUGAUGGAUCAGCAAGAGAGGAAUAGAUUGAGGGUGUACUGGAGACAGGUUGGUUCUAUGACCCUGGGAUGCAUGUGCCUCUUCGUCUUUGAUGUAGUCGAGAGGGGUGUCCAAUUGACCAAUCCUUUCUACUCUCUCUGGAACACAGAGACUGGCAGACGACUAGCUAUGAUCUUUGUGGUUCUUGCUGGUAUCUGUGCCUUUCUCUACACAAUCUUCCUCAUCUUCAUGGUAUAUGGUGUCUUCAAGAACAUCAGCAUGAAGAGAGCUGCUCUUCCACACAUGGUGGCUGCUAGGAGACUACAUUAUGAGGGGCUGAUCUACCGCUUCCGCUUCUUCAUGAUCUUCACCCUCAUCUGCGCCGUCAUGACGGCCAUCUUCUUCAUCUUCUCCCAAAUCAACGAGGGCAACUGGAAGUGGGGCGAGGACAAGCACAACAUCCAGUACAGCAGCGCUUUCUUCACCGGUGUCUACGGCAUGUGGAACGUCUACGUCCUGGCGGUGCUCAUGCUCUAUGCUCCGUCGCACAAGAACAAACCAACCCUCCAGAACGGUGAUACCAGCGAAGGAAGUCAGGUGGAGUUUGAGAUGUCCACCAACGUGUCUUCCACCGCUCCAUCCACCUCUGCUGCCCUCAACCCCUCCGGAGCCGCCUCCCAAGCCGGCACCUCAGAAGUCUACCAGCUCCUUGGAAAAGUGGCCAACGACUAGAAUCAAGGAUAAGUUUGAGAAAUGGUAUCACUGUGCCACGCCCUGGGACAAGCCGAUACCAGUCUCCAUGUUAAUGUGCCCUGCUUGAGAGUGAUUAUAUACCGGUAUCUGUGCCAAUGUGCCACACCCGAUGGUAAACUGAUACCGGUAUAUAAAAUGACUCGCACAUAUUUGAAAAUGAGACUUUGCUUGCAUGGGUUGUUACUGGAACCACCAUGAAUAUAAUGCCUUCUUGUCAAUGUAAGAUGGAAAUUGAUAUGUGUUUCAAAAAGUAAUUGAUAAAUUCUUUGAUUACCACAGUCUAGUAUUCAUAGAUUGAUUAACAUUUGUACAUGUGGUACAUUUUUUCAAUUCAACUUUAUUUCAUUUUGCAAAUAAAAACAUAAUUUAGAAACAUCACUCAUACACACUCUCAAAGUAAUGGAUAUGGGAAUAAGACAUUAGAGUAAGUUGCAUAAUUCUGCUGAGAGCAAGAAGGACAUUAAGAUAUGAAUUUCUAGAGAGUGUACGCCCUUUUGGCUCUCAGCAGACAAUACACUGGUGAAGAGGGACACAGACAAAAAAAGAUUGGUUAUUUCAUUUUGCUUGAAGAACAAGGUAAAACCAUGUUUGUUUUCUCUCUCUAAUAAUAAUCGCUUAUGCUAGAAACUAAAAUUGCAUGUUAGAAUGGGAUGCAGACCUGUGCCAUUAAUUAGGAGAGUUUGGCCAACCCAGUUCAACUUGGGAACAAUAUGGCAAAUGUUGUUGCUGUGUUGGGCAAGCCCUAAACAAAAGAAUAUAUGACGUGUUGUGACCAACUGAGGCCAAGUUGGUCAAACACUGUAUAGAUGGCUCUGUUAAUGACAGAAAAGGGAGCCCCUCAUGCAAGCUGAGCCUGAGCUAAAGUAAAUUAUGUUGUAAAUACAAAAUAUAGGAAGUGGCAAGUGGGUAAUAGUGGUAUUCCAAGAAUAUAGAAACUACAUGUAUGUAACUGAUCUUGAUGCCAUAACAACAAACAGUUGAAUGAAUAAGGCUGAAAAGAUACUGUAAGUCCUUGUUAGUUAAUUAUUGCUAAGGCUACCAAAUCAAGAGCACACUGCCUUAUGAGAAAAGGAGAUCUUGUUGAUUGUGGGUCUGUUUAUGUUUACGUUUCUUUGCAGAUUGAAGACCGAGCCCAAGGCAUAAUUUGUAAUCAAAGAAGUGGAAAAGAAGUAAAGAAAAUAGAGAACAUGUUCGACACUUGAAGAAUCUAAAGAGCCCUGAAGAAAUUGUUUGAAGGCAUUGAGUACAUUUUGAUAAGAUGAUAAUAUAAAACAUGUUUUCCAUUAAUCAGAGCCAGAGUUUUCUUAGGGCUUUAUUAUUCAACUGGUUAUGAUCUAUGCAUGUGCAGUGAGUCCGAGGUAAAAACAAAACCAUGAAACAGAAAGUACAUGUAGAAGUAAUAUGAUUUGACAUGAUUCUUUAAUUGCAUUAAUCCAUGCACACUUCACUGAGAAACAUUGUUUUGAAAAUGGCAUGUCAAAAAAAUACCACAAUCUGGCACAUGAAUUUCGACAUGCCAUUUUCAAAACAAUUUUGCUCAGUGAAGCAUCUCGAUUAAUGUAAUCAAUACAUGAUCUGAAAGCAUACUACUUCUACUUUGUGAAAAAUAAGGAAUUAUAUUCAUACGGCUCAUAGUUUGUUUGCAAUAACUAUUUCUUUUUAGAUAUUUUUUUUUCUUUCUGGAACGCCCUGUAUUUUACCUCUGAGAAAUUUCACAAAGAAAAGUAGACACCAAGCUUCAUUGAAGAAAAAAGUAAUUAUAAACCUAUCAUGUGUAAUGAUAAUGCAACAGAACCACCUCUAACUGGUUUUCGAAAUGUCGAUUUAAUCUGCAAAUUGAAUGUCAGCACUGCUCGACUUUUUAAAAACGUUUUUGCAUCUUUUCCUAGGCAAGGUACAUUACGUUUGGUUAGAAUGAAGCCCAUUUCUUGGGGAGGGCUUACAUGUAUCUCUUUCUGUGCCACAUUUGCUAAUCAGCGUAAUCACUUCUUUACCAUGUUCGCUGAUAGGCACAUGAUUACUUGAAUGGGUGCCAGAUCAGCUACUCAGCAUAGACACUUAGUAACAAUUAUUACAUCAUUGCAGAGAGGUCUAUAAAAGCGUUAUCAAAUAACCAUUUCCAGCCUUAAUUGACCUGAAGAUCUUCCUUUAUCACAUGUAUUUAACAACAUUGUGAAUGUAAUGUCAAAAUAAUUUGGACGCUUUUUCAGCUUACCCUAACCCUUUCAAAAAGAACAAUUAAACCUGAGGUAAUUUCUUAAGAGUGGCAUAUUUAAGUAGAUCAUGUGAGUUAAAAGGUUUAAUUUAUUGGACAGCAUUAGGGGUUUGUUUGAUCAUGGCAGCAUUAUCUUGAUUUUUUAUUACUAAUUUAGGAACUUGCCUAAAAUGUACAAAUCGUUGUUGUCAUCAGUUAUCGCUCUAAACAUGGCAUCAUUGUCGAUCAGGUUUCCAUUCUAAGUUUUGGGCUUAGUUUUGAACAGAUUAGAGUUUUUAAAUUAUAAUAACAUAACUUUCAUGAACAUGUAGAUGUAAUAAUAAUAAUAAUAUUAAUACUCAACUUUUAUAUAGCGCG